GGUGGGAUAUUGUUUUAUUUUAACAAGUGUGAAACUUUCAAUUAAUGAAGAAUUUGAAAUUGCUUUUUUGCAGGCUGGAAUGACCCACCAAAAAAUGUAAAAUCAACUGGAAAUUUAAAAAUAAAUUUAAAUAAACGAGUGGCAUUUCCAUUGACUUCAGCUCCACCUAAACCAGAUGGGCAAUCAAAUCCGUCCCAGUUGCUACCACCUAAGCCUCCUACAUCAGACAGUCAGUCUUCAAUUCCGACUGCAACUGACGAUGAAUCAUCAUCUACUAAAGAUUUGAAAUCACAAAAAGAAAAUGUACUUAGUGCUUUUAAGAAUAGUGCAAAAGUCUUGGCACCAAGUGUUUCCUCGAAAAUUGAUAGUUUAGAUAAGGAUUGGGAUGAAUGUGAUGAUGAAGUUCUUCAAUCUUUAAUCGAACUUUCAAAUCAUAUAAAAGCUAAAGAUUCUAUAAAAGCUAUGGCAACGCAAAGGAAAAUCGUCAUGAAAGGAAUCAAUAAACCUUGGAUCCUCGCAAUUAGACAAAUUAUUAUGAAAAUGGAAAAUGUUGAAACAUCUUCCGAUAUUGCAACUGAUGCUUUAGAUCCCAUCACAUAGCACAGCUUCUUACAAACGAGAUAUCUGAAAAUCUUGAAAAAAUAAAUAUUAAAAUUUAAAACAAAAAUAACGAACUUUUCAAUUUCAAAUUUCUUCUUCUUCAAUCCUGUAUUCUAAAG